AGGGAGAGGCGCUGGAUGUGAUCGUGCUCAUUUUAAAGCCGUUCAUUUCUGCACGCUGCUGUGUGCUGUCAGCCCGCAGAAGAGAAACAACACGGCUCUGAUUUAACGAACUGCUAGCGGAUUUAAUGUUCUGUCUUGAUUUUUAUUCCUGUUAAUUGUAUAGAGGAGAGGUUUGUUUUCAUGCGCCGCUACGCUCGCAGGCUGAAUGCGAGUCUCCGUAAGGAAGGAGGAGCCACCGGACAUCCGAUAAGGAACUACGAGCUUCAUUGAACAGGGACUGGAAACCUGUUUUUCCACUAUGACUGCCCUCAGGCAGAGGAAGGGCAGUAGAGGGAAGGACCCGGGGCCCAGCAUUCAGAACCUGAAGCCUGAUUGUAUAGCUGAACCCAGACAGAGGUUUGCAACAGGUGGUUUCUCAUGGUGGACAAUCUUGUGUGUAAUGACCGGAUCAAUAGUGGGAGUUAGUCUGGGCUUGCUGUGCUGCAUCUAUGUGUCUACACUUCAUGAAAAUGACCUCUGGUUCUCCAAUAUAAAGGAAGUCGAGCGUGAAAUCUCCUUUCGGACAGAAUGUGGCCUUUAUUACUCCUACUACAAACAGAUGUUGAAGGCGCCUUCUAUACAGCAAGGUCUUUAUGAGCUUAUUCAUGACAACACUACUGAAUCAAAGAGAACAAUAAACAUCCUACAGCGCAUGAAUAUCUACCAAGAAGUGUUCCUUAGCAUUUUGUACAGAAUACUUCACAUACAGACCUACUUGGAGCCAAUUUAUUUCUACAUCUAUACAGUGUUUGCUUUGCAGACAGUGUAUGUCAUCGCCCUCUUUAUCACUAGCUGGUUACUUAGUGACUCAUGGCUGGCUGGAGCCCUCAGUGGAGUCUGGUACAUUCUCAACAGAGUGGAUACCACACGCGUGGAGUUUACAAUCUCUCUAAGGGAGAACUGGUCAAUACCUUUCUUUGCUCUUCAGGUGGCUGCUAUAACCUGCUACUUAAGGCCACAGCUAAAGCCUAUUCACCAGAGGGUGGUGCUGUGGCUGGUGUUCGUCUCCACCUUCUGCUUCUGUUUGACAUGGCAGUUCAAUCAGUUUGUCCUACUGGUGCAGGCCCUUAUAAUCUUUACUCUGGAUUGCCUGGACUUCUUCACAGUGGAACAGGUGGUUUCUCUGUACCUGAUGCAGGUGUUGAGUCUGUUAUUGGUGUGGUUACUGCAGUUCUGCAAUUCUAUGAUUCUGGGCUCUCUGGUGCUCAGCUUCAUUGUGUCUGCCCUCUUCAUCAAACACUUCCAGACGGGACUAAAGAUGGGUGGCUUUGUUAUACGAGUAGGAAAACUGGCUCUUCACACACUCCUAGUCCUCACAUUAACUUUCACCAUCAAUUAUUCAGCCAAGAAAAUACUCCAGCUGAAAUCGGACGAGCACAUCUUUAAGUUCAUAAAGGCCAAGUUUGGCCUCGGGGCAACGAGAGACUUUGAUGCCAGUCUCUAUCUGUGCGAAGAGGCUUUUGGCUUGUUGCCAUUGGAUACAUUUGAGCGGUUGGCUGGCACAGUGCUGCUCUAUCCGUAUCUGUGCACCCUCAGUGUGCUCUUCAUCUUGCUGCUGCUCGUGGCACUCUCUAAUCUCAGCACUAAUGGGUCAGGCCAAGCAUGCAGGGAGCGAGAAGACAGGACCUUUAGGAUGCGUCCGGACGUUGCUUACAAUAUCUUGCACACCGUCUUCUUCGGCCUGCUCGCCUUUUCCACUAUGAGGAUGAAAUAUUUGUGGACUGGCCACAUGUGUGCAUUCGCCGCCUUUGGGGUGUGUGGUAAGGAGGUGUGGUCGUUGUAUCUGAGGGUCCUUCACUGCAACACUAGAACCAUGAUGAGACUGAUCAGGUACUCUGUUCCUAUUGUAAUACUGGCGUUUCUUUAUUACAAGUUCUGGCCUAGACUGAUGGAGGAGAUAUCUGAGCUGAGAGAGUUUUAUGACCCAGACACUAUGGAGCUAAUGGAGUGGAUCAGAUUGAAGACGCCCAAACGGGCAGUGUUUGCAGGCAGCAUGCAGCUGUUGGCGGGAAUUAAGCUGUGUACAGGGAGAGUAUUGACAAACCAUCCACACUACGAGGACCAGGCACUGAGAGAGAGGACCAGACAGGUAUAUCAGAUCUAUGCGCGUCAGUCUGCUGAGGAGGUUCAUAAAGAGCUCGGUUCGGUUGGAGCGGACUACAUCGUGCUGGAGGACAGCAUCUGCUACGAGCGCAGGCACAGCCGUGGCUGUAGGCUGAGGGACCUGCUCGACCUGGCAAACGGACAUAUCAUGGACGGGCCAGGUGAAAAUGAGCCGGACCUCAUCUCGGCAUCUCACCCGCGGUUUUGUGAGGCCAUUAAGACCGACAUGCCUCCUUAUUCAACCCUCUUCACACGAGUGUUCAAAAACAAGACAUUUCAUGUGUACAAACUCAAGAAACUCAAAAAGAAAAAACAAAGCUGAGAACAGUCCGUAAUGCUCAUUCCUCAACAGCAGUCGCCCACCUUCACUGGAUGGCUGAACGCCCCAUCUGGAAUGUUCAGUGAGUGUGUGAUAGUAGCAGGUGUGUGUGUGUGUGCAUGAGAGAGAUCGGAGAGAUGCCUGAUUGAGCCAGCACGCACUAGAUGAUUUGGUGUGUGUUUGUGUGUGUGUAAAUCUGCUCUGAGCCGGUCUGCCGCAACAGGAGCUCAAGUUUAACAUGGAGAGGGGGGGGGGGAUCUCUUUUUCUCACAGUCUGCACCCCGCUUGCGCUCUCUCUCUCUCUCUCUCUCUCUCUCUCUCUCUGAUCAUUGCAUCUCUUUCUACACAUGCCCUUCCACCAAAUACAUUUAGGCUCUUUCACACACAUUUGUUACUUAAAGAAAAUGUGAGGUGAAGACACAAUGACUGCUUUCACAGCCUCAUUCCUGUCGCAAACUAAAUGAAAAGAGAAAAUAGCAAUGGGGAAAAAAUGCUUUGUAUUUGGAAUUCACACAAGCUGUUUGGGAUAAUUAGUGGCUGUUGUAGUGUUGUCUUUAUAUCUGCCAAACUGUUGGCCGGUGUUAAGUUGGGCCACAUCCUACUGUCUGGCUGCUUAAAAAAACAAAAAAA